AUGGGACUGCUGUUGAACGAGUCGAUGUCCACGAGCAAUAUGACGACGAUCGAAGUAGUCCCUGUCGUUGCCGCUGUGAUCGUAUUCGGCACUCUGGUCGCCAUUGGUACCAUUGCCACAGCCAUAUUCAUUGCAGUACUUAUAAAGGGAAGACAGAAGUUUGUGGAGUUCCCAUUUUUUGUGAUGGUUUGGCAUCUGACGGUGGCAAAUGCUAUCCACAUGGUGAUGGUGAUCUCCACCAUUAUGCCUAUUAUGCUACUUGAGAUUGGUGAUGACUCUCCGACGAGACAAUGGUAUAUCUGGGGGUCACGGAUACUCGACCUGACUGAACAGGCCUCACUCUAUUUCGCCUUAUUGAUGACCAUCAACCGAUUUGCUGUAUUUGUGUUUCCCGUCAUGCUCAUAGCAUUCGCUCGCAAUCGUGUCAUGAUUCUGUCGCUUCUGGUGUGGUUAUACAUUAUCUUCAUAGUAGCGUGGAAUGUUUGCUCCGGAAACACGAAAAGAUUCUCGAAAGAUAGUCUUAGCAUGCAAGAAACUCUUCUUGGAUCCAAUGUCUUGACAAAGUUUUUCACAUUGUCUUCGACGGUACUUCCUAUUGUAAUGUUAAUUAUGUACGGGAUCAUAUUUAUAAUUAUAAUAAAGAAGCGAAGCACUAUAUCUGGCAACUCCAGUUCAUCGGAAAAGGAUCGGUCUCUCUUGUGGCAAGCACUGGCGAUUUCGAUCAUGCUUGAGCUUACAAAACUGACGGCUAUUAUAACGCCGUACUUCACGGGAACCGACUCGUGGAUACAAUGGUGCUGGACGAUAUUCAACUAUUCGACCUCAAUUCUCAAUCAAAUGGUCAAUCCAAUCCUUUUUCUUACGACGAACAGAAUGGUUCGCUCCGUUCUGCGCAGUUUCUUUAGAAGCAGCAGGGAUACUACCUCGGAGACCUGUGAGGGUCGGAAGGGUGAAACCACCAUAUCCCAUGGACAGGAGCACCUGGGUGUUGUAACGAAACUAGAUAACGUUGACCGUCCCAUGCGAUAG